GUUAAGGGCGGCUGGACAAAUGUUGAGGACCAGAUAUUAAAAAGGUUGGUCGAUGAGUUUGGCGAAGGAAACUGGAGCGUCAUAGCUCGGCACCUGAACUCGGCGCUCGGCAAGCCAGCUGAGUCUGGUCGCAUCGGCAAGCAAUGCCGAGAGCGGUACAACCACCAUCUCCGGCCCGACAUCAAGAAGGACGCCUGGACAGAGGAGGAGGAGGCCCUCCUGGUUUCGGCGCACCUCAAGUUCGGCAACCGCUGGUCUGAUAUUGCUAAGGUCAUCAAGGGCCGUACAGAGAAUGCCGUGAAAAACCAU